AUGGCGAUAGAGAGCGAUGGUGGAGGCGAUUUUAGGGUUUCUCAGAGUCAAGCGCAGGAUGCAACGAUGAUUGAUGUAGGUGAGAAGGGGCGUCCCCUAGGGGAUCCACCGGACGCGGGAGGCGUAUGGGUGAGAAAGGUGGUUGGGACUGGAGUAGGUGGGCGCCCGAGGCCGGAGAGUUUGGUGGAUGUGGAGUUUGUGAGAAAUAGGAUGCAGCUGGAGUUUCCGGAUGGGGAAGACGGAGAACCUGUCAUCACAAUCGGAGAAGAAGUCUUGAUAGCCAUGAAUGGCCUUUGGAAACAGUGUAUCAUUGUGAAGGUUUUGGGGAGAAACAUUGCCAUAACGUCUUUGAACAGAAAGCUACGGGAGUUGUGGAAACCUAAAGGAGGGAUGUCGGUAAUGGAUCUUCCAAAACAGUUCUUUAUGAUUCGUUUUGAACUAGAGGAAGAAUAUUUCACGGCCUUGACCGGGGGACCAUGGAGGGUGUUUGGGAGCUACUUAAUGGUGAAAGGAUGGUCGCCUGAGUUUGAUCCUUUACGGGACGAGAUAGUUACAACGCCGGUGUGGGUUAGGAUAUCAAAUCUACCUGUGAAUUUCUACCACCCAGAGAUUCUUAUGGGCAUCGCGAAGGGACUGGGAAACCCGGUGAGAGUCGACACCACGACACUACACUUUGAGAGAGCUCGGUUUGCUAGGGUUUACGUGGAGGUGAAUUUGUCAAAACCACUAAAAGGCACAGUGAAAAUCAACGGGGAAAGAUACUAUGUGGCCUAUGAAGGGAUGUCAAACAUAUGCUCGGGGUGUGGUGUAUAUGGACACUUAGUGCACAAUUGUCCCCGACGUGUUACAGAAAGGGCUGCAGAGAAAGCAAAUGGAACUAAUCAUGAGUCUUCAACGGCAACAGAAAGUGUUGAUGAUGGUUACACCACGGUGGUUCGGCGACAGGGACGAAAACAACAACCGUCGGCGUCCACGGUUGUGUUUUCAGCAGGAAAGACGGGAGGAAAUCCUGACCGAAAUUUGCGCGAUAUCUCGAAUUCAAAUGUGGAAACUAUUAUCACUCCCAACAGAUUUUGCAAUUUGGAGGAGGAUACGAUAUCUCUAGCUUUAAGGGAAGUUGGGGCUACAAAUCCGACGAAUAAGGAGAAUGAGAUCCCUUUGAAUCUGUCGGGAAAAGAAAGGAGUGCUACGCACGUUAGUGAAAAGAAUCUCAUAGGAGGCUUUGAGAUAGGCUCAAAGGGGAGAAGAGACGGGCCUAAGGACAGACGGACGGGAAGCAAUAAGGUAGUAGAGGUAAAUGUUUCAAGGCCCAAACAACAAAAAUCACAUGGGCCCACACGAGGGUUAGUGUUUGGCCCAAUUCGGAGUGAAGAAAAGUUAUCUGUUUCGGGUAAACGGAUGAGAGUUGAAGGAGAAACUGUUGGCCGAUCUGGAGGAGUGUUCGUUACUAACAGAAAUGGAGAAUUGGAAAGUGACAGUCAAAACCCGAGUGUGGAGGAAGAGAAUACCGGGCAGAUGGAACCGAGCUCACAGAACAGAAGCAUGGAGAGACAGUGUGAACCUCCGGUAUCGACGGGGGGUUCGAUGGAGAGUUAA